AUGCUCCAGCCACGGACCCACGGCGGGUGGCGUGUCGCGCGCCGGUACACAUGCCUCAAUGCGGUCAUCAACUGCAUCUUUUUCGUGGAGCCAUCGACGCUGUCUUUCUCGGCGAUGCGUCUUCCAAGCCGGGCUUCAGCAUCGCUGCUCGUCGUUGGACUACGUGGUAGCAACACUUGUAGUCACAACACGCUCCAUACUGCCACGCUGCGCGAAUCAGUGCGGCGUUGCCAGACCAAAGCCGCCGACACAGCCUCGACAACAACUAGCAGCAUCGCCCCGCUCGACUCGGCAUCGUUCCUAUCCGCGCUCUUAGAGCCUGAGAGAACGGUGUCGCUCGAGGACACGACGCGUACCUACGCGACAAUGGACGUGGUGGAGCGGUGCGACGUGUACGACCCAAGUUUGCCAAACGUGGCAUCACCGUCUCCGUCAACGGUGGGGCACGGUGUUGCGCAGUGGGAGCUGGACGGCGAGUCCGCCGAGAGUACCACAACGGCACCUGCGUAUCCCCUGCGUGCCGCGCACGCUCAGGGGCGACUCUGGUCGCACUUUGUGGGAGCGCAAAAGACGGCAGUGGAGGGGGGCUUGAGCGAGAGCGCCGCCGAGCCGCCGGCGUGGUUUGUACAGCUCUGCAGGGACCUGUACUUCCGCACCGACAGCACUGUGGCGGACAAGCGAGUCGCUGACAACUUUGACGUGGUCACGCAGGCAAGCGAUCUUCUGGCUGACCAAGCGGCAGCGGAGGCGGCUGGGAGUUCGGGAAGCCGCAGCGGGGUGACGCCGCCACUGGCUGGCGUGUUUUCUACUGCCACGUCGGCUCAGCGCGCUGACGACUCGCUGGAAGUGGAUCCCUACACGUGGCUGCCGUUCGAUCUGCUUGACGUGAAGGACUACGGCGUGGGGCCGUACGAGUUUCCGCCCACGGCGACGUACACGCUGGAGCAGCGGGUGAAUCUGUGCCUUGGUCAGCCGGACAAGGAGUACGUGCACUUCUGUAGCACCUACUGCUUCCCUCAGCGCUGGCAGAUCCCGACCUCGAUGGGCACGCAGCCGGCGCGACUGCUGGUCGACCCGUCGUGCCCCACGCCGGUGGUCUUUCUACAACUCUCCCCAGACUUUCCGCCUGUAAUGUGGUUGCCCAUGAAGCCCUCCGUAGCCGCCAUCCGCGGCGUGCUCAGCAGCUUUGCGACACAAGCGUUCUUGCAUCGCGAGGAACAACAUGCCGUGUUCGCACAGCGGUACGAGACGGCGAAACGGGUCAUGGAGCUGCAGCAGCUGCCCACCACGCAAGAGGGGGAUGUACUGCGCUUCAUGGCGUACGAGGCACGUAACCUCCCGUACCUCGACGCCCCGCUGCGCGAGUACCCAAAUCAACAAGAGUUUUUUCUCGGCGAGUACGACGACCCUGAGCGGCUGCUCGAGCACUUCGACCUCUGCCCUUUCGUUUUCGCCAUCUCUCAUCUCCGAACCGUGACGGACUUGCAUGCCGAGCACAUGACUCCGACGAUCGAGGGCGCCGGCGUAGCGCCGUCCCUCUUCCGCUGUAUCUUCUCGAAGGCCCUAAUUCAGAUCUCCGUGCACCUCUCGGCGGAGGUGAAGCUGCCACCGCAGGACCCAGAGGCCUUCCACUUUAUGUGGAAGGACUCUCAGGUGGUGCCUAAGAUGAAGAUCCCCGUCUUCGCGCGCGUGUUGUGGCCGGACAACCGUAACCUCUGUGGCGGUGGCCUUCUAGCUCGCCGCUUCAACAAGCUCUUCGGCACCGAGUUCGCCUCUGACACGCCGGUGGAUGCUAUUCUCAGUGUCUACUAUGUGAUGCAGUGGGCGCAAAGGGUUCCGGACCUGCUGGGGGUGGCCGGUAUGCGGCAGCGCGUGGCGGAGCUGGAGGCGGCGGCACACCUUCCCGAGCCGGCCAAGCUGUACCCUGGUACCCGCGAGAUCCCCAACCCGGAGUACACGGCCUCGGAGCGGCUGGGGAUGCACAUCCAGUACUUGAGUCACCUAGGCGAUCCGCAGGUGCUGGAGACCAUCCAGGCGCUGCUGCCGACGGCCUCCGCGCCGGUGCGGAUGGGUUGCGCCAAGGCGGCACUGAUUGCCGGAGACCGAGAGCUAUUCCGUCACAUCGUCUCCAGUGAGCCGCCAGGCCGUACGCAGCACUACAUGACGAAGCUUGUUGUGAAGCGUAAGACACGUGACCUCGUCGAUCCAGAGCCGCGGCUGCUGGAGGAUCAGUACGAGUUUGCCGCCCCGCUGUGGACGAAGCGGGGGACGCGUAUUGACCGCAACACGCUGGAGGGGGCAGUUGAUGCAGCUCGGCUGCUGCGGUAG